CUAUUUGUAUUUUACAGCUUACAUGGUUUUGUUUUAUUCAUUUUAUUAACAACUGCUUUUGAUUAGCUAUGAAACUUAGAAGAUUUUUACUUCGUUAUUAUCCUCCAGGUAUCAUUCUCGAAUAUGAGCAGUCUAAAUGUAUGAAGACUAAAUCAAUAGACUUACUUGAUCUAAAGGCUGAGUCUGAUGUUGAUGCAAUUGUUGAUGAGCUUGUCAAUCGAGAACCACUUAUUACUAUAUCUAAAAUGGAGCAAGUUAGAAAUCUUAUAUUAAAACUGCAAGAAAAGAUAUCUACCAAUGUUUCACAGAGAUACUAUUUGUUUAAGGUUUUAAGAGCGCAUAUUUUGCCAUUAACAAAUGUAGCUUUUAACAAAGCUGGAACAAGUUUUAUAACUGGAAGUUAUGACAGAACUUGCAAAGUUUGGGAUGCUGCAUCUGGUGAAGAACUUUUAGUAUUGGAAGGUCAUAGAAAUGUUGUUUAUGCUGUUGCUUUCAACAACCCGUAUGGGGAUAAAAUUGCAACAGGAUCAUUUGACAAAACAUGCAAGCUUUGGAGUGCUGAGACUGGGAAAUGCUUUCAUACUUUUAAUGGACAUUCUGCUGAAAUUGUUUGUGUAACAUUUAAUUUCCAAAGCACACUUCUUGCUACAGGAAGCAUGGACAACACUGCAAUGCUGUGGGAUGUGCAGAAAGGUGUUGAAGUUUUUACAUUAACUGGGCAUUCCGCUGAAGUUAUAUCAAUCUCAUUCAACACAACCGGUGAUCAAGUUUUAACAGGAUCAUUUGAUCACACAUGUAUUGUAUGGGAUGCAAAAUCUGGGAGGAAGUUAAAUGUCUUAUUAGGCCAUCGAGCAGAAAUAUCUAAUGCUUUAUUUAAUUUUAACUGCUCAUUGAUUGUAUCUGCAUCAAUGGAUAAAACUUGUAAAAUUUGGGAUGUUGAAACUGGCAAAUGUGUUGGAACAUUGAGAGGUCAUGAUGAUGAAGUACUUGAUGUUGCAUUUGACUACACAGGUGAGCGCAUUGCAACUUGCUCUGCUGAUGGUACUGGACGUGUUUAUAAUAGUACUACUCAACAGUGUGUCUGCAAGUUGCAAGGACACGAAGGAGAAAUUUCAAAGAUCAUAUUUAACCCGCAGGGGACAAGAAUUUUGACCGCAAGUAGUGAUAAAACGGCGCGAAUAUGGAAUCCAGUUAAUGGAGAGUGCCUUCAAAUUUUAGAAGGACAUACAGACGAAAUAUUUAGUUGCGCUUUUAACUACGAAGGAAACAUUAUUCUGACUGGAAGCAAAGACAAUACUUGUAGACUAUGGCGCUGAACUGAUUAUCUAAUUCAUUUUAUAGAUUUGAUUUUAUUCGAUAUAUAUUUUAUAGGCGUUCGUAAACAAACGAAAGAUUUUUAAUUAAAUGUUCUUGUAAAUACUUAAAUAAUAUAAUAAUAUAUACAAUGUUCUUAUAGUAAUCGUGGAUUUUGUCUAUUUUUUGUUGUUGUUUUCUCUUCUCAAAUGUACAAAACUGACAAUUU